GACCUAAAUUACUCAUCAUUUCAUUUUUCCUCACAGAUUCUGUGUUACACCGGGGAGCCGCCUCUGCCUCAGUGGGUGCGCUCUCCCCACCCUGAUGUGAUCUGGGCGCGGGCGCCGGGAGAUGGAAGGUGCCGUUUAAUACUGACCCCAGGCCAGACUCUGCAUGAACGCAGGCUGACAGCAGUCCUCGGGAGCCAUGGCAUUCACCGUCCUCUGGGGGCAGCGCCUGUGGGGGGAAGUAGGAGGCACACCAAGAGGAGCAAGGCGAUGAUGAGGGACACCAUCGCCAUUGCAGUCCCGGGGCCCAGCGCUUCCCAGACUGCAGCGGAGCCCCUGCCUGCCCCACGGACUGUGCUGCAGCAGCCUGAGCAGCCAGACCAGCCCCUCCAGCACCGCCUGCCUGCGGACGCUUCUGGUCUGGCUGCCACCAUCAGAGGGCCGCUGGCCCCGGAGCUAUACGACCUCAUCGUCGCCAGCUCCUCAACUGCCACCACCUCCUCCUCCUCCUCCUCCUCAGCCACCCCACAAGCCUCCACCAGUGUCAGCGCGGACGCCGUCCGUCCACCAGUGCCAGCGCAGACGCCGUCCCGUCCGCCAGCGCAGAGGCAGGUGUCACCCCCUCCACAGCCACAGCUGCCACUGCUCCACCAGUGCCUAGAAACACUGCCUGGAGGCGCAAGCUCCAGGAGGAGAAAGAGCGUCGUGCCCGGGAGCUGGGAGAAUAUAUGAAACCAGCAAAGAAGGUCUCCCACUUCAACUGCAGGCACUGUGGCCAACCAAAGACGCGGGCGUUUGGCCACAGCCGCUACAAGACGGAGACCUUCUGCUCCCGGGCCGACGGGAAAGGGAGAACUGUGGAGCAGUGGCUGGCAGAGGUGAAGGGGCGUGAUGGUGCAG